GUAGUACUAGACUGCAGGGAAGAGUGGAGGGAAUUAUAGAGAAAAGAAGACAAUUUUGUAUUGAGUUAUUCGUUCUUAAUCAGCAAGAGGAAUGAGAUCCUAUAUAUUCCUUGUUUUAAUGUAGCGCUAAGAGAGAAAGGACGCGUUUUAACUGGCCAUAAAUCGUGUUACGUGCAUGGUAUAUGCGACUAACUUCCGUGGCUUCUGCUAGACUGGACUUCUGCAUUGAUGAAAACAAACAUGGCGGACCUCAAUAUGCAAGAUGUUGAUUUAUACGAAUUAUUAGGUAUAGCCUCUACUUCGACAGUUUCAGAGGUGAAAAAAGCAUACAGGAAAAAGGCAUUGACAUGCCAUCCUGACAAAAACCCUGACAAUCCUCGUGCCGCAGAGCUGUUUCACCAGUUGUCGAAAGCCCUAGAAAUCCUCAUUGAUGAGCAGGCAAGGGCUGCUUACGAUAAAGUUCUGAAUGGGAAAAAAGCUGCUAAGUUACGACAUAGAGAGUUGGAUGAAAAAAGAAAAAAAUUAAAAGAAGAUCUUGAGGCAAGAGAGCGGUCAGCUACAGAUGUUAAUGGAACUAGUACAAAAAAGCAAGACACAAAAACAGAUGAAGAAAAAUUACAAGCAGAAAUUGAAAGACUCAGAAAAGAAGGUUCUCGUCAAGUUGAGGAAGAAGUUGAACUAGUCAGACAGCAAUUACUGCAAGAUUCUAAGAUACCGGAAACCCCUGAAGAGCCUCAAAGCAAUGGCUUAAACCGUUUGCGCAUCCGAUGGAAAGCCAAUAAGGAUGAUCCAAAUAAUGGUGGAUAUCCAUAUGAUACCCUGCUAAAAAUAAUGUCUAAGUAUGGUGAUAUUGUAGCCUUAGUUGUUUCUCCAAAGAAAAAUGGAAGUGCAUUAGUGGAAUUUAAAACAAAAGAUGCAACUGAUACAGCAUUUACCUUGGAAAAGGGUUUCCUUUCUAACCCAUUGACCAUGGAGAGACUAGGGGAAGGCUCUAAGACAAACCCUCAAGAACCAGAGGCUGUUCAAACUCCAAAAUAUGUUGACUUGACCAAAACAGAUGAUACCAGGAAUGCUGCUCCAGCUUCAAAUUUGUUCCCAAACUACACUCAGUCUUCAACCCAUGUGCCUGUCACCAUGUCAAACUUUGCAUCUGCCCCAGACUUCUCUCAAUUGCUGUAUGCGAACUACCUGGGGCAGCACCUGCGCUACCAGCACUCUGUGUCCCCCGGACCCGCCCACGCCUACCAGCCGGGACCCCAGCAGGUCCUGCUGCCCGGCGCGCUGUCCGGGGCUGGGGCCAUGAUGUUACCCGGUGUGUCGCCCAUGACGCCCAUGACCUCGGUCAUGGGCUACGGACAGGGCUACGCUCAGGGCUACGGCCAGGGCUACGGACACGUCUCCCAGUAUCCCGUGCAGGUCCCCGUGCAGUCCAUGCACGGCUACGGCAGCCCGAUGCUGGGUCUCCAGGGCUACGCCAGCUAUCCCGGCUGGGCUCAGGCGCUUGCCCAGGCCCAAGGGGUCGCCGGGGGGGUGCCACAAGGGGUGGGCACCCACGGGGUGGCCGCUGCUGCAUCCCGCGGCUCAUCGUACGCGGCCGCCGGCUUGCCGGUGCUCCGGGGCCAGAUGCCAGGCCUUCCCGGCGCCUUCCCAGCCAUGGCCACCGCCGCCCCCGUCUUCUUCCACCAGCUCAUGUCUGGUCUCCCUUCCGUCAUACCGAGAUAGUAGAGUAGUUUCACGUUUCUUAAUAUUUCCCUUACUUUUACUCAUCCUGUUUUGUAACUCUCCCUGUUUUGCCUGUUGUUUUAUUUUGACGAUUUUCACAUUUGAUUCAUUGGUUUUGUUUUUCUAAAUUAUUUUGAUGCAGUGUUCUCUUUCUAUGAAUAUGCUGUUCUGUUUAGUGUUUUGUAAAAACUAGUCAUCUGUCUUGUAAUGUCACUUGUCUAAUUUUGAAGCGAGUUGGAGCUAUGGGUCGAAACUGACAGAUUUUGUAGACCAACUUACUCCCAACUUUCUCUGAAAUUUCAACCCUGAAAUAAUUCUUCAUUUAAAAUUUCAGCACAAUUUCCGUGCAGUUGUACGAAUAUAACAUUGGACAUGGCCUCUUAGCAGGAAUAAGGAAUACAAAGUAUUCCUUGUUUUUCUUUUGUUUAUUUAACUUAAGCCCCCUGAUCUUGUUGUUAAUGAGACUUGUUGCUCUUCAGGGGCUGAAAACUCUUAUAUCAUUUAUCAUCCUCAGUAUUGUAAUGAAAGGUCUGGGGGGAUUUGCUUCUGAAAAAAUUACCAGUUCAUCAGUUGAAUUUGUAUUCCAACAGUUUUCCUCCCAUUCACAUUGUUUUUGUUGUAUAAACAAUUUCCUUAUAAUCAGAGACAAGGCACACCUUGAUAAAGAUAUAUGUGAUCUCAAGGGGCUUCAGGUGUCUUGCGGUAAGCAUACUGUGACAUUUGGCAGCACCACAAGUGUUCUUAUGAAUAUAGAUUGAUCCUGGACCUUAAAAUUAUUACUGUUUGUCUUUAA